AUGGGCAAUCAUCGAUUUAGGUUAUCUGACAUGAUGCCUGGCUCCUGGUUCUACAAGCUCAAGGAUAUAGGCAGAUCAACCAGACGCCAGAGCAUCCACAACACCAUGAAGCGAAGUCAUCCUCAUACAUCUUCGCCACCCAGAGAACUGGCUCAACUCCCUCGAAGAUCCUCCUACUACGUCUCCACCAGAGAAAGAACAGAGGGGUUUCCUCGUUCUCCUGUCAACCACAAGGCCUCAGACACUCAUUUCCCCGCAUUAUCUCCGAGAAAGACCAGAGCAAACAUCCAAAGGAAGGCUACAGAGUCUGAAAGCCCAUCGUAUCGUGACUACGUUGAUCGAUGCCAUGAAAAUUCCUCCACGGAUGACAACACCAUGGGCACCAUGAGUGGAGACUUGGAAGUACUGUCGGAGCUUAAACUACCACCAAUUCUGACGAAACCGAUAAAGGAUGUCCAUGACGAUGACGCACCGGACAAGACUUGCGUUCUUCGGGAGCACAGGAAGCGGAUUGGAAGGAGACCAGAGGUCAGAGCUUAUCGCACUCCACGCCUCGCCGGUCUCCAGGCUUACAGGAACCGUAAGUCAUCAGUGCAACAGAGCAAGGCAUUGCUGGGGAGCUUGGUGGUGGUGAAGUCGUCCUCGGAUCCGCAAAGGGAUUUCAGGGAGUCGAUGGUGGAAAUGAUCAUCGGAAACAACAUUCGAUCGCCGAAGGAAAUGGAGGAGCUGCUAGCGUGCUACUUAUCGUUGAAUUCGUGGAAGUAUCACAGUCUCAUUGUCAAGGAGUUCCAACAAAUCUGGCUCGAAUUCAGCUCCACUUAG